AUGAGUGCAGAUCAGCCUGCUUCCAGUUUUGCUGAUUCAACCCCCCGUCCUCCCACCCCAAAACGGACUCCGAAGCUCGCCAUCCUACCGAGUCCUGUCUUCGAAACGCCAAAGAACAACCAAGGGCGUUCCGACGAGUCAACUGGGUGGACGCCUCGCUUUGCCGAGGAAUUUUCCGUCUUCAAUUCUACUCCAGGGAACUUCAAAAGCCUGCUCCAGAGCCCAUUUCCCGACUUCAGCCUCGGCACUCCGUUCUCUGCUCCCUCGCGUCAGAAGGAUCACUUAUUGACGGAACCUAUUGUUGAGAGUGCCGUCCAUGCGAACGAGCUCUCUCCAGAACCCAACCAGACACAGCCUCCUGUCGAGUCGUCCAAAGCACUGCAGUCACCGCCAACCUCGGAGUGUACCCCGGCCUUCAGCGAUUCAGCCAGUGUUGAACUUCCUUCUGGCCCAGGUGAAAGGUCUGCCAAAAAGUCACGCCGCAACACGGCAGGUCAAGAGACCCAAAGACAGGUAGCAACUCCACCGCCCACAGCACGCAAAGGUGAACGCAAGAUUGCCCCCAAGCUUGACACAAGCGCCAUGCAAAAUGACCAGGACUUCGACCCCCAGUCGCAUUUUAUGGCGACGGCCCCGCAAGGCGUGGGUAACUUUAUGACAACUCAGGGUAAUAUGUUUGGUUAUCCUCUUUCAGCUCCCGCAGCCGCACCUGGAUUUGAUCCGCAGAGGUCUUUUUGGGAUGCCGACUCCAGCUUAGCUGGCAUGGAGAUUGACUUCGGGGCCAAUGGUGCAGGCAUGUUCCAAUCCUCGGCAUCUCAACAGGAUGGGGGCUCCGUGGACUGGAUCAGGACAAACCCGUUGCUGCAUGCCCAAGGAGGGCUGAUGAGCCAUGCAAACGGACAAGUUUCUCAUGGGGAUUGUCAAGCUGCUCUUGUGUCCCAGCCACCCGUAUCGAUGCUUGUAACGUCGGCGGAUGCGCAUGCCAUGUUUGCUACUACCAGCUAUCCGACGCCAAUUGAUGAUCCGUUCGGAAUAAGUGGUAAUCCUGGAGGUGCAGUAAAUCCUGGGCUGCUCCUCAGCCGGCCACCGUCAGCUAGUAUGGACCCUGCACCGUCUUUUAAUCAACAGCCCGUACGGGCUCCAAGUUCAUCGCUUCUUCCUGCAGCCGAUGAUGAUCGGCAGAUUUCCCCUAGUCGGGGUUCCUCCUCGUCGGCGACAUCAGCGUCGACAUGUGGCCAAAAAGCUAGCGGGAAGGGCGAGUUACGGCGUUCAGCAAGCGCUAAGGACAGCCCCCGAAAACCCGACCGGACGAUGUCGAGCUCUCCGGUCAAGGGUGUUGUGCGCCUAGACCUUUCUCGUAGCCUCAGCGAAAACCGGGGCAAGAAGACGACGGCGACUGCGCGGCCGUCUCUACCACCUCUUGCGCCAGCUCCUCGCCCGCAGUCUCAGUUGAUGAGCAGUGCAGGCAUGGGUGUAAACAGGCCUAUCAUGCCACAUCCACCCCAAAGACCGCAUAUGGCGAGAUCUUUGCCGCCAAAGACCAGUAGCAGCAACAGUAGCAGCUCCGGCCAUCACCAUCAUCGGCUCCCCAGCCUGACUUCGAUCCCUGAGGCCUCACCAGGGCCACAGAUGCGAACCCAGGCUAAAUUUACGAUUGAUGAGAAUGGCCGAGCGCACGUAGAGACGAUAGUCGUGGUGAACGAGCCGCCACCGAGUACACAUAAGAGGCAUAGCAUAUACGCGCUGCCGCGCCGGCCGAGGCCAGAAUGGGAUUCUUCGGAUGACGAGAGUUCCUCGUCAACGGACGACGAACCCAUCAUCAUCCCAAGUCGGAAUGCGUCAUUCGCGCUUCCUGACCCCCGGAAGCCAAGCGCGAUUCGUUCGUUCCAAAGCUCUCAGAAGAGCAUGAGUGAGCGCAGCGUCAGCUCAGCAUCAUUCUCAUCGUGCGCGAGCUUCAGCAAUAGCAGCAGCCGGCCUGGGUCGCAGCGUCGCGGUGGCACGGCCAACGAUAGCGAUGAAGAGACGGUAGUGAACGACACGACACCAACACGCAGCAAUGGCAAUGCUUUGAGCGAGCUGCAGAAACUGCGGGAGUCGCGUCAGAGGCAGCAGCAACUGCCAGACAUCGGCGUCAUGUCAUCAUGCAACCAGACCAUCGGUCCCUGGAUGCAGUCAGCCGAACCCGGGGCUCCGGAACCGCAGGGGGCUGAUGCCGACGCCCGAGCGGAUCCGAAGUGUCUCGCUGUCCCAGGGGGUCGCCGACUUCGGAAGGCGGGGUUCAAGGAACACCUGGGAUCGCGAUGGCAUUGGAUGAGGCUGAGGACACAACACACACAAGACAUCAACGACAGCACAGCAAACAUGGCGACACAUAACAUUGUUGUUUUUGCUGGUGACCACUGCGGUCCUGAGGUUGUUGCUGAGGCCAUCAAGGUCCUCAAGGCCAUUGAGGAACACAGCCCGUCGGCCGGCAAGUUCAAUCUGCAGGAGCACCCUCUCGGUGGUGCUUCCAUCAACAAGCAUGGCGUUCCCUUGACCGAUGAGGCCCUCGCUGCUGCCAAGGCUGCCGAUGCCGUCCUUCUGGGAGCCAUUGGCGGUCCCGAAUGGGGACCCUCGUCGCCCGUCCGCCCCGAGCAGGGCCUACUGAAGCUGCGCAAGGAGCUCGGCACCUUCGGCAACCUGCGCCCAUGCAGCUUCGCCUCUGACCUCCUCGUCAACAGCUCCCCCUUGAAGCCCGAGGUCUGCCGCGGUACUGACUUUGUCGUCGUCCGUGAGCUCACUGGCGGCAUCUACUUCGGCGAUCGCAAGGAGGACGAUGGCUCGGGGUUCGCCCUCGACACCGAGCCCUACUCGCGCGAGGAGAUUGAGCGGAUCGCUCGUUUGGCUGGCUUCCUGGCCCUCGCGCGCAACCCGCCUGCCAAAGUCUGGAGCUUGGACAAGGCCAACGUGCUUGCGACCAGCCGUCUGUGGCGGAAGGUCGUCACUGAAGUAUUCGAGAAGGAGUUCCCCCAGCUGGAGCUGCAGCAUCAGCUGAUCGACAGCGCGGCGAUGAUCAUGGUCAAGAACCCGCGUGCCCUGAACGGUAUCGUCAUCACCAGUAACUUGUUCGGUGACAUCAUCAGCGACGAGGCUUCCGUCAUCCCUGGCAGCAUCGGUCUGCUGCCCAGCGCCAGCCUGGGCGGUAUCCCUGACGGCAAUGGCAAGUGCAACGGUAUCUAUGAGCCUAUUCACGGCUCGGCUCCCGAUAUUUCGGGCAAGGGUAUUGUCAACCCCAUCGGCACCAUUCUGUCUGUCGCCAUGAUGCUCCGCUACUCGCUCAACCUGCCCAAGGAGGCCAAUGCCGUUGAAGAGGCCGUCAAGCGCGCCAUUGACGGCGGUGUUCGCACUCGUGACCUUGGCGGCACUGCUGGCACCAAGGAGAUGGGUGAUGCUGUUGUUGCAGAGCUGGUGAAGCUCCUCAAGGAGUAA